AUGGCGGCCAAGUAUUCCGGAGCUAUGCUGGUACUGAUCUUCGCAUUGGUGGCUGGAUCUGUUGUAUCUCAGGCUCCAUCCGCCUCGCCAAAGACUGCUCCCACAGCGGCACCAGUGGCGGCGCCGCCCACGCCGGUGGCAGCAGCACCAGUUCCAGCACCAUCAGCCACCGUUACGCCGCCCGCAUCAGCUCCGCCGUCCGAUUCCCCCGCCUCUUCUCCCCCUGCUCCUCCCACUUCCCCUGCCGGAGCACCCGGUCCCGCUACUCCUCCGUCGUCCAUCGCCACUCCCCCUGGUGCUUCUGCUCCACCACCAAGCGCAGCUGCCGGUUUGAACGGAAUCGCCGCCGCCGCCGGAUCUGCAGUAGUGGUGGUUUUGUCUGCUGCUUUGUUGCUCUAG